GAAUGAAGGCGAGAUCUAGGUUAAGCGAUAAAAGUAUGAGGAAUGACAAAUUAAGGAUAUAAAAAUGGCGAUUUCGCGCAAACCUUGUAAAAGUUCAUAUAAUCCUAAGUAAAACCAUUUAUUUAUUGAUUGUGUUGUGUGUGUGUGCACGGUCUCAGGUCAGGUUAAUUACACUCACAUCUACAUCCACUCUCUCUUUCUCUCUUCUUCUUCUUCUUCCUCCUCUAAGACGAAUAAUAAUGGAGCAGCUUCAAACCCCCACCAUCACCCAUAAUAACACGAACCCAGAAACCAACAAUGGCGAAUCCCUUUUCUUCCAAGACUUCGACAGCACCUGCUCCACCCCUUACGUCAGCGCCCCUUCCAGCCCCGGCCGUGGGCCCCUCCCCGGCUUCUUCUACAGCGCUCCGGCGAGUCCAAUGCACUUCGCCAUCACAGCCGCAUCGUCUUACGAGAAAACUCCUUCUUCCGCACCAAUGGGUUUCGAGUUCGAAUUCUCCGCCCGGUUCGGGUGCUCCGGUUCGGCCGGGUCCGGUUCGAUGAGCUCGGCCGACGAGCUGUUCCUCAACGGUCAGAUCCGGCCCAUGAAGCUCUCCAGCCACCUCGAACGGCCGCAGGUCCUGGCUCCCCUAUUGGAUCUGGAAGGAAAUGAAGACGAGGAGGACGAGGAAGUAGUAGAAGAAGGCGUUAACGUUAACGUUAGCGUUGUCCGAGGAAGAGAUCUGAGGCUGAGGGACAAGUCGGUUCGCAGGAGAACCAGAUCCAUGUCCCCUCUCCGGAGCAACACGCCCCUAGAGUGGGCCGAGAACGAGGAGGAUCACGACCAAAACGUGACCAAGCCCAACAAAACCAACAUGAUUAGUUCCUCCGAAGCAGAGAAAGUAGAGGAUGGUUUUGGUUUGGAGACAACACCUUCGGCCUCGUCCUCACGCUCUUCCUCCGCCGGGAGAAGCUCGAAGCGGUGGGUUUUCUUGAAGGACUUUCUCCGAAGCAAAAGCGAAGGGAGGAGUAACAACAAGUUCUGGUCCACCAUUUCCUUCUCACCAACCAAAGACAAGAAAAACCAAAAUCCACCAAACACCAACAAAAACGUGGCUUCUUCUGAAACCACGCAGAAACCCAAGGGAAGUAGUAGUUCUCAGACUUGGGCCAGGAGAAUAAGUGGGAAGCCCACGAACGGUGUUGGGAAGAGGCGCGUGCCAGCCUCGCCGCACGAGUUGCACUAUAAAGCAAACCGGGCCCAAGCAGAGGAGUUGAGGAAAAAGACCUUCCUCCCUUACAGGCAGGGUCUACUUGGAUGCUUGGGAUUUAGUUCUAAGGGUUAUGGGGCCAUCAAUGGCUUUGCUAGAGCCUUAAACCCCGUUUCCUCCAGGUAAAUUUCUUCGCUUUCCCUUUAAUUGUACAGAUCAUUAUUAUUAUUUUUAUUUCUUUCUUCAUUUUGGAAUCCUUUAGCUUAGUCUUAGCCUUAAGAAUUAAGAUCACCCCAUGUUCAAGGGGUUCGUUUUACGAGGGUUCUGGUUCUGGUUCUUGUUCUUCCCUCUCCAUCCUUCUUGUUGAGGAUGCGGAACUGAUAAAAGUAUUAUUAUGUACAAUAUACCAAGUCAUGUACUCGUACUCGCAGCAUUUUGCUAUUUACACAGUUGCUGUGCAGUGACUGGAGUUUAUUACUAAUAUAUAUAUUUUCCACACUUAGCUUUU